ACAGAGGAAAAUAUACUACACUACUAAUAAGAAAUAAAAUAAAAACCAACCCCGUCUGUAUUUUACUUUUUCGAUUUCCCUCUUCGUUCCACCAAUUUCUCUCUGAAUUUCCAUGACUUUGGCUUCUUAGGGUUUUUGCUAUUUCCUCAUCAAAGGUUCAAAUUCCAGCUGCAGCAUCCCGUUUGUCUGAUGCAUGUGCUGUGGGCUAUGGUAGGCUGCGUUGUGGAUUAGUUGAGGUGCACACAAGUUGGUCUGAUCACAACUCUCACCAGAGACAAUGAGUGGGGUGUCUCUAGGUGAGUCUCAUGGUAGACCCAUUACUGGGAGCACGUUGAGGAGGUGCAAUGAUCGUGCAGGAGCUGAUCAUGUUGUUCUGAUUGAUGUCGAUAGUGAUACUUUUAGUAAUGUUAUUUUUAUUGAUGUGCCUGAAUCCACACCCAAAAAGUUUCAAUGUAAGACUUCAGCAAAGAAAGACAAAAGAAGAUCUCCUUUGAAGAACAUAAUCUUCAUCGAUGAUGACGAAAGCAGUGAGAAUGAAUAUCCUGAAUUUGGUGUAGAAAAUGCCUUCCACUUCUUUCAUGACCCUUCCCCUAGCAUGAGAGCGUGCUCAACCUCGAAAAGUGCUAAAGAACCUCCAAAUGAAAUUGGUGAUGAUUGUCAGUUUGUUCGAGAAAAAAUACCUCCAGUGAAGUUAUCAAAAUGCAAAAGAACUUACUCCGGAAAAGCUCCUGUCCAAAAUCGCUAUGGUUUGACAUCUGAUUCAGAGAGUAGUUCAUCCGAAAAUGAUGAGUUCAUGGAGGAUUAUUCUGGACAGCUUCGAGAGCAGUGGCAGAAAGCUUCGUUAAAGAGGAAAAAGUAUAGCAGUGGUCAAUCUGGUGUUAGGGAUAUCAAUAGUGCAUCCGGUGUUCGAAUUCAACCUGACCCUGGCGAGAGUGAAGAGCAUACAUCCUGUUCUGAUUACUCUAAUUCCUCUACUGACAAAGAAGAUCUAUCUCCUAACUCAACACGCGAAUCACGUCGUACUUCUGGUAUGGCUGAUGUCCAUGACGAAGGAGAUCCACGAAAGGAGAACUUUGAAGAGGGUUAUCCCAGUAUACCCCCUCAAUAUCGGCAGAAUCCUUUUGAAAAGAAGCACCCGGAGCAAGGCAAUGAAGGGAGUAUUCCAGCUCCAGGACCUUGUUUGGAAAAACCUGUUUCAUGUGGUGACAGGAACUUCUCUUGUAGACAAUAUAGGGUAGCAGAGGAGGAACCUUUUCUUGGAAAGCAUCAGUGUGCUGUUGAAACUGAAAAUGGUAGGAGACAAUAUAUUUUUACUGAUAAUGGUAAAAAGUGUCAGGAGACGGCUAAGAAUUAUAAUUUUCAUUUCUCAAAAGAAUUAAGACAUGAAACCAGUAGGGUCAGUUUCAAUGAGAAGGAGGAUUUAUUUUCUGGAGGAUUUCCAAGGACUACCCGAUCAUCUGUUGUAUACUAUCCUGAACACAACUAUUCUAAUGGCAGCAGAGUUAAUCCUAGAGAGUCUUCUAUUUGCACGAGAGCUUCAUCAUGCUCAGGAAUCAGCGGCAAAAAAUGUGUCGAUCAGGAAAAUGGGAAAUGGAUUCCUGAUAGGACAUCAGAAUUAGAUGCACACAAUAAUGAAACACAACCUAGUAACAGAGGUUCCUUGCUGGAGGAGGGUCUUUCUGAAUCUUUAUCUACGAGCCAACACAAGGAUGAAAGGCAUGAUGACGUGAAUGUCCAAGAUGGUGAGAAUGUGGAAGGUUGUGUUGAGAACUGUAUUACCACCGAAAGAGAAAGGAUGAAGGAGACUUCCGAAUACAAAAAGGCACUGGAGGAAGAACUUGCGUCCAGGCAAAGAGCGUUAGCGAUUCAGGCAGAAGAAGCCAAAAAGUUGAAGCUGUUGCUCAAAAGAAAGAAGGCUGAAAGUAUGCGUCUACUAGAAAUGGAGAAGAGACAAAAGCAGCGUGUGGAGGAAAUAAGAGAAACUCAAAAAAAGGACGUAGAGAAUAUGAACUUGAAGGAGCUAGUACGAGCCGAAGUUCGAAAGGAACUUAGGAAGCUCGAAAUGACAUGCCAUGAUAUGGCUUCGAUGUUGCGCGGAUUGGGAAUCACUGUCGGCGGUGGCACUAGUCAUGAGGUGCGCGUUGCUUACAAGAAAGCGUUGCUGACAUUUCACCCAGAUAGAGCUUCAAAAUCUGAUAUACGACAACAAGUUGAAGCUGAGGAGAAAUUUAAGCUUAUUUCUCGAAUGAAGGACAAGUAUUUACCAACUUUAUAGGAAUGAACAUAGGAGAUAAAAGUAGUAUAUUUCCAGUCAAAAGAUUUAUUUUUAGGAUGGAAAUUUUGUGAAUAGGCCUUCAAUGCUUUAAAUUUUUCUCACCAUGUGGAAAGCUGCACUCAACUGCAGAAAGGUUUUCUCAUUUCCAGGUAUAGUUUUGUCAUUUCUUUAUUGUCUUUGUUAAUACAAUUGUACUUUUUCAGGGUU